CACCCGCGCCCGGCCCGCACACGGCCCGGCGUUUACACCCGGUCACGACACCAACACAGAGAUUGCGGAGUCGAGGAGGUUAAGGGGACGGCACGAGAGGGAGGACGCGCCGUCCAUCACCAUGAAGCUCGUCGACCACGUGGUGAGGAGCUUCAAGGUGGCAAAGAUAUUCCGCGAGAACUCGGACCGGAUAAACAGCAUCGACUUCUCGCCGAACGGCGACACGUUGAUCUCCUGCUCGGAGGAUGAUCAGAUCGUCAUAUACGACUGUGAGAAGGGUACGCAGGUACGCACUGUCAAUUCCAAGAAGUACGGUGUUGACCUGAUACACUUUACUCACGCGAAGAACACCGCGAUACACAGUAGCACCAAGAUCGACGACACGAUCCGCUACCUCAGUCUACAUGACAACAAGUACAUACGUUACUUCCCCGGUCACACGAAGAAGGUGGUGUCGUUGUGCAUCAGCCCGAUCGAGGACACUUUCCUGUCUGGCUCGCUCGACAAGUCCCUCAGACUAUGGGACCUGCGCUCACCCAACUGUCAUGGGGUCAUGAAUGUCUCUGGACGCCCGGUAGCGGCUUACGACCCUGAAGGCCUCAUCUUCGCGGCUGGUGUCAACUCGGAAAGCAUUAAGCUCUAUGACUUGCGCAGCUUCGACAAGGGCCCGUUUGUCAACUUCAAGCUGUCGCAGGAGAAGGAGUGUGACUGGACAGGGUUGAAGUUUAGCAGGGACGGCAAGACCAUCUUGAUCUCCACUAAUGGUAGUACAAUUCGUUUAAUUGACGCUUUUCACGGUCAACCUUUACAGACGUUCGCUGGAUACUUGAACAACAAGGGAAUCGCCAUAGAGGCCAGUUUCAGUCCGGAUUCGCAAUUCGUGUUCAGUGGCUCCACCGAUGGUAGGGUGCACGUGUGGAACGCGGAGACCGGCUACAAGGUCUGCGUGCUAAGCGGCGAUCAUCCGGCGCCAGUGCAGUGUAUCCAGUUCAAUCCCAAGUACAUGAUGUUGGCAUCAGCAUGUACCAAUAUGGCCUUUUGGCUGCCCACCAUCGACGAGAGCGUGUAAGCGGGCAUCUCGGGCUCUGAGAUGUACGGAACCACGUUGGAAAGCAUCGCCUUACGAUGCGCACGAUGAGAGAGAGAGGGACGAACGGAUGCGAGAAGAAAAAAAA